CUAAUAUUUUGUGCCAACAUUGUGCACGUUUGUGUUUUGGGUGCACCAAGGAUAGAAACAGCAAGGCGAAAAGAUGCAGACCCCUGCACAGUACCGCCGCCCUACGCAGUUCUUGGAUCUAGCCGAGGAGUCCAAGUCCGUCCUGUUAGAGCUCGGGGCCAUUCUCAACCAGCGAUACCGGAACCGGGGGCCUAGUCAUCAGACGCAGCGAAGUCUCCAACGCAAGAACGAGGCCGUUAGUCGGCUGGAUCAAUUUAUCAUUGACCAGCAGAGAGUCUGUGAGAGGGAGGAGAGAGCGGAACGAGAAAAUGCAGAGCAGAGAGCUACUAUUGAGCGUCUCGAGAAGCAGCUUGAAGACCAACGCGCAGAUUUCGACCAAGAGCGUGCGCGUCUGCAGCAGCAGGCAACAAGCACAUUAACCGCUCAAGCAGACCUGAAUUCGUCCCUUAAUAGAGUACUUCCCCAAUUACGGGGUCUGCUAAAGGCUUACGACCGAGAGCAAGGGCAGUAUUCGAAUCUACGACAAGACAUGUCAACAAGAAUAGUUACAAUUACGGACGAAAGUUGCUCAAACCAGUCUUUAACUCGACAACUUAACGAGCUAAGAACUGCUUUCGACGAAGAACGCGCUCAGCUACUGGAGCAAGCGAGCGACGCAGUGAAGACGCAACAGGAGAUCAGUCGCAAGAACUUGACGGAAAGGGAGACGGCGCUGACUUGUCCGAUUUCCCUAGAUCUGUUCGAGAACCCUGUGCUCACGACUUGCUGUGGCAAGACUUUUUCUUCAGAGGCACUAACUCAAGCUCUAAAGCGAAAUGAUCAAUGUCCGGUUUGCCGUGCGCAUAGAGUAUUAACUCAUGCAAACCGCGACAUGGCAAAUUUGGUGGAACUUCACCGCUCAGAGCGCUCGUUGCUUGGUUUGCCUGAAAAUGCUGCAGCCAACUCAACGAAUACAGCGCCAGGUGCCGAUGAGAGGUCGAUUGAGACAGAAAGACCCAUUGCAACGCCAAGUGGCUUGAUGACUUCAGCUUUUCGUGAGAGUCAGAACCGAAACUCACGAAGUCAACGCGUUCAAGCUCGUGCUGCGGUUCCCCAUCGCCAACCGUCGAGUACUACUGCGCAAUCUGAAGCUGAUACUCUACCAAGUACUGCCCUUAGCUCUAGGGGACAACGUCGCGGAGGGAGGAACUCGAAUUCACGUCGUCGUCGAACGUCACGUACACGGUCUUCAUCGACGCCAACUGCUACAUCUCAUCGAUCGGUGUCAAGUACCAGCACGACGCCGAGUUCUUCAGGUAGCGCUUCACUAUUGAGUGCAAUGCAAAGUCUCACUAGGGACUGGAGAUCGAGUAACUUGCGCCUCUGUCGUCAACGACUGGAAGUGGUGCUACUGGCAAUGCUACGACUCAGGCUUACGGGUCAACUGCUGACGCCUACUCGAACCCGAGGUAUUCUACUCUCGAUUCGUACUACCAGCAGAGAUCGUUAGCACAAUCAAGCAAUCCUACACGCUACGGCCGCGCACCUACAGACGACGAGUUUAACUUUUACCCAUCGGCUCACAUGGAAUAUUACGGUUCAGACUCGGACUACUAGUUGCGGCGUAAUGCCAGCAAACUGGUACUCUGAGCGUUUAAUAGUAUAUGCUUGACUUAACAACAAU